GGUGUACUGGAGGACUGCCUCAUACACCAGUGCUUAGACAUCGUUCUUGAACCGCUUAAGAGAGCCGCUCGUGUUGGAGUCAUGAUGUCGGAUCCCGUGGGUAAUAGCUGGCACUGCUAUACAGGACUUGCGAGUUAUAUUGCUGACACCCCGGAAGCAAUGAUGUUAUGUGCUGUUGGGGGUAAGACAUCGCCAUUGACCAUGGCAAUGUUUAAGCAGUUUGGG